AUGGAUAUCAUGGCAGCUGAUGAAAUUAAAAUUACUGAUGAUACGAAAAGUUGUAAUGAUUUGAAAGGUUUUAAAUUUAAAGAAAUACUUGGCGAAGAUGCUACCCGUAAGAUAACUUUUGUGCUACUCGAUGUGAAUAAUUGUAAUGAUCAAGCUGUUUUAAUUGUGGAAAAAACUCCUUUUCCUAUGGAUGAACAAGAUUGGAAUACCAUUGUAUCGCAAUGUUCACUGGAAACUUUAUCAAUGAAUGAUAUAUAUUCAAAUCAUAUUUUAUUUCCACCAGAGAAAUUUUCUGGGAUCAAGACGACGUUAAUAAAUCCAUGUACCGAAAAGCAUAUUGCAAAAUAUCGAGAUCAGAAGCGAUAUGUCAUCUAUGAAACACCGGACGAUUACAAGACCAUCACUUUACCUUAUCUGGAAGAACAGCAAUUCACAAUGAAGUGGAUUUUUAAUAUGCUGGAGCAUAAAGCCGAAAUGGAUCGUAUUAUUUUUGAAGAUGCAGAUCCAGAGAAUGGUUUUAUACUUGCUCCAGAUCUUAAAUGGGAUGGCAAGAAUUUAGCUAAUCUUUAUGUGUUAGCAAUUAUCAGGCGGAAAGGAAUCAAAUCCAUUCGGGAUUUAACAAGCAAUGACCUUCCGCUGCUAGAGAAUAUUUCAAAAAAAAGUUAUAUAGCAAUUAAAGAAAAAUAUGGAAUUGAUAAACACCAGAUUCGAGCUUAUUUUCAUUAUCAACCAACAUUCUAUCAUUUACAUGUUCAUUUCAUUCAUGUUUCAUACGAUGCACCGGCUAGUUCUGUUGCCAUGGCUCAUCUUCUGGAGGAUGUAAUUAACAAUAUAAAAUUGGUUCCUGAUUACUAUCAGCGUUCUACGCUAACUUUUACUAUGAAAGAGAAUAACUCACUUUUGAAAUCAUAUCGCGAUACAUAUCAAUGGUAA